GGCUGAGAUGUAGCUCAGUGUGAAGAUCCUGGGUUUAAUCCCCAGUAUCGAAAAAAAAAAUCGAUUCCCAUUCCCACUCACCCUGUGCAGGGAUUAAGGAGCAAUCCGGUGCUGAGUACUACUAAAUGGAGCCUGGAGCCUUGGAACAGGGGUGCUAGGGACGGUGCCUCUGCCCGAGGCGGUGAUGAGAGCAGGCUCUAAACGGGCUGUGGAAGCCUGGAGAUCUCAGGCGGAGAGGGCGGGGCUUUCCUGCACACGCAGGAAGACCACGUGUGAAAACAAAGGGGUGUGCAAAGCCGGGUACACGUGCACAGCUACAAAUAGGGAGGGAAGGCGCGGGCUUGGGCAACGGCGACUUUUCCUGCUUCUCUCCUGUCAAGGUCUGCCCUUCCCUCGAGCAGACCAACACUGUCUUGCCGCCAGUUUUCGACCGAAAACGAUUUCCAAGUUCGCCCAUCCGACAUUACUUUGUACAAGCAAAUACAUGGAGGCCGCAUAGAAUGAGACGACCAGUCUCGGGCUGCAGCGUCGGGCAACACUGGGGUAGCGACGGCCAGUCCGAGGUUCUCUGCCUUGCUCCCUCCCAGCCGCAGAGCAUCUGCUCUACUCUCAUCCCCGCACCUCGGUGGGGUCGUCUUCGAGCGGACUACAUCUCCCACAAUGCCUUGGUCCCUGCCUCCCUCCCGCCGUCCGGCGGGGUGCUGUCUUCGCCAAUAGCAAACUAGAGAUUCUAGAGGACGUUCUUAGAAGCCAAUGAGCGCGGUGGUGGGCGGGGUCCUCUCGUCCAUUGUUCUCGGUGCCCCAAGGGCUUGAGCUGAGGACUUCUUGUUGAGAUUGAGAUUGAGAAGGUGUCUUCUCUGAAAGCUUGGCUGGAGAAGUCAAGGCUCAAGGCCUGCAGCCUGAGUGAUUGUCCAUGAAGGUGCAUGAUGGCUGCAGAGGUGCCAGUAGUGAGUGCUCCCCUGAGCCCUUUGGUCCAGGUGCCUCCAGAGGAAGAAGACCAAGAGGAGGAGGCGGCCACCACUGUGGUCCUGGAGGAUGACUCCUGGGUGCAGGAGGCCGUGCUGCAGGAGGACGGCCCUGAAUCCGAACUCUCUGCCCAGGGUGCCGGCAAGGGCAGCCCACAGGAGGAGCCCGCAGCUGGGGGACCACGGAGUGCACUCGGCCGCCUCCGAGAACUCUGUCGACGCUGGCUGAGGCCAGAGGUCCACACAAAGGAGCAGAUGUUGACCAUGCUGCCAAAGGAAAUACAGGCCUGGCUGCAAGAGCAUCGGCCCGAGAGCAGCGAGGAGGCGGAGGCCCUGGUGGAAGACUUGACCCAGACCCUUCGCGAUGGUGAUUUUGAGAUACAGAGACAGAAUGGGGAGAACCCUAGUCCGGACCUGUUUGAGAUGCUCUCGGGAAUCCCCAAGGGAAGUGGCGCGCAGCUGUCUGACGGGGACAGUGACUCCGAGAGAGACUGCAGCCUGCAGGGGCCCCGGGGAGCCGCCACCAGUGAGGAUGCUGGGGAGGCGCCAGCCCAGGGCGGGGAGCUCGGCCAGCUCAUAGGCCUUCAGGGCACCUACCUGGGUGAGAAGCCCUACGAGUGUCCCCAGUGCGGAAAGACCUUCAGCCGGAAGUCCCACCUGGUCACGCACGAGCGGACCCACACCGGGGAGAAGUACUACAAGUGCGAUGAGUGCGGCAAGAGCUUCAGUGACGGCUCCAACUUCAUCCGCCACCAGACGACGCACACCGGGGAGAAGCCCUACAAGUGCAGGGACUGUGGGAAGAGCUUCAGCCGCAGCGCCAACCUCGUCACCCACCAGCGCAUCCACACGGGCGAGAAGCCCUUCCAGUGCGUCCAGUGCGGCAAGAGCUUCAGCCGCAGCCCCAACCUCAUUGCGCACCAGCGCACGCACACGGGCGAGAAGCCCUACUCGUGCCCCGAGUGCGGCAAGAGCUUCAGCAACCGCUCCAGCCUCAACACGCACCAGGGCAUCCACACGGGGGAGAAGCCCUACGUGUGCAAGGAGUGCGGCGAGCGCUUCAGCUACAACUCCAACCUGAUCCGCCACCAGCGCAUCCACACGGGCGAGAAGCCCUACGAGUGCCCGGACUGCGGGCAGCGCUUCAGCCAGAGCUCGGCGCUCAUCACGCACCGCAGGACGCACACGGGCGAGAAGCCCUACCAGUGCAGCGAGUGUGGCAAGAGCUUCACCCGCAGCUCCAACCUGGCCACGCACCGCAGGACCCACCUGGUGGAGAAGCCGUACAAGUGUGGGGUGUGCGGCAAGAGCUUCAGCCAGAGCUCCAGCCUCAUCGCGCACCAGGGCAUGCACACGGGCGAGAAGCCCUACGAGUGCCUGACGUGCGGCGAGAGCUUCAGCUGGAGCUCCAACCUCAUCAAGCACCAGCGCGUGCACACGGGCGAGAAGCCCUACGCGUGCGGCGAGUGCGGCAAGAGCUUCAGCCAGCGCUCGCAGCUCGUGGUGCACCAGCGCACGCACACCGGCGAGAAGCCCUACCCGUGCCUCAUGUGUGGCAAGAGCUUCAGCCGCGGCUCCAUCCUGCUCAUGCACCAGCGCGCGCACCUGGGGGACAAGCCCUACCGCUGCCCCGAGUGCGGCAAGGGCUUCAGCUGGAACUCGGUGCUCAUCAUCCACCAGCGCAUCCACACGGGCGAGAAGCCCUACAAGUGUCCCGCGUGCGGCAAGGGCUUCAGCAACAGCUCCAACUUCAUCACGCACCAGAGGACUCACGUGAAAGAGAAACUGUACUGACGCGGCCGGGCUCAGGGAGGGGAGCCAGAGCCAGGGGCCGCACUCCCGCUCGUUCUGAACGGAGGCAGUUACGCUGCCGGGCUGGGACCUUGCUUGGCGGGAGUCAGGCCCCUACCAUGUAGGAAUAGCAGGGGCUGGCAGGUUGGGAAGUUGGGUCCUUCUCUGUCACGUUCACGAUGUGGCUGGCCGCUCUCCUGAUUCUCCCUGGUAAUGCUGCUCCAUGUGGACUGGGUCCUCGGAGAAACACUGGGCAGCCAUUCUGGUUCUGGUUGUUCAGCUGCCACAGCCAGCCUGAUCGGGCCGAGGUCCCUCUAACCCGGCCUCCGGGCUCUGGCGUCUAGGGCAUGGGUCCGGGUGUGGGCGUUCUGUGAUCCUGUCAUCCACAUGACGGGGAGGCCCUUUUCCAUCUCGCGAAUGUGUCCGGCACAGAAGCAGGAGGGACGGGGCCUGCCAAGACUGGCGGUCUGCAGGCUCAUUCCUGUUCUUCCCGUGAGGGGCGCCAUAUGCAGUGAGAGGUCUGCGAGCCCAGCUGCCCACUGUGCUGGGUGGGGCUCCUGUCAGCAAGGUGACACCGCCCUGCAUGCUGCCCUCUCGGCUCUGCACAUUGUGUACUCCUCCUCGUUUCUGUGUCUUUAUUUUAUAUAUGCAGGUCUAGGUGUUUGUUCGGGAACUUUAGAAUACCAAGAACAGGAUUUUUUAAGGAAGUGCUGACUUUGAGGGCAGACAUCAGAUCUCCUGGAGAGCUCUGGGCUUGAGUGAGGAGUUUGUCCUAGAUUCCCGUGUCAUCUUGGCUGCUCCCAGGACUUUGUUCUUGGGAUGCGGAGCCAUGAGACAGUGAAGUCAGGGACUGACAGCAGGUGGUGGGUUGGUUAGAUGGGAAGAGGUGAGCAGAUGGGUAUCCUGGAAAUGUGAAGCUGCUUUCUACUUGUGGGGCCUGGGCUCGGGCGCCUUGUUCUUACGGGAUGGAAGCUCCACACUGCCUAAUAAAAUAGACUCCCAUGCUUUCCCA